AUGGAAAAUAUUUGGUAUGAUGGACCUAUUUCUGAUGCUAUUAAACAGUCAUUAACAAAUAAUAAACUUAUUGUUAUAACAGUGGUUAAUGGCAGUGAUGAAAGUCAAUCUGUUCUUCAAUUAUUUGAAAAUGAAUUAAAAGACACAAUAAAAAUGACAACUGCAUUAUUACUUCAUGAAAAUGAUGAAAAUCUUCAAUUUUUCUGCUCUUUAUAUACUCAACCAAUUGUAUUUCCUUCAGUAUUCUUCUUUAAUGGAGCUGGACUUCAAAAAGUACUUAUUAAAAAUGAAAUUACGAAAGAUAGUAUUUCAUCAUCAAUAUUUCAAUUAACAAUGGUAUCAGUUUUGAGUCAACAAAUUCCUAAUCAACAAAUUCCUAAUCAACAAAUUCCUAAUCAACAAAUUCCUAAUCAACAAAUUCCUAAUCAACAACAACCAGUAAAUACUCUUAACCAACAACAACCAGUAAAUACUUUUAAUCAACAACCUACACAAAUAAAUUCAUCUAAUCAACAACAAGAAAAAGGUGAUGAUGAUGAAAUCAAAGUAAUGAAAGGAGAAUUAAAAAGAAGAGAGAAAGAAAGAAAAGCACGUGAAGAACAAAGAAUAAAAGAAGAAAUGGUUGAACAAAAUUUAAUUAAAGAAAAUGAAAAACAGAGAAAAGAAGAUGAAGAAUAUAAAAAAACCUUAAUUAAACGUAUUAAAUUAGAAAAAGAAAAUAAAAUUCAACAACAACAACAAGAAGAACAACAAAGAGAAUUAGAACUAAAACAACAAAAACAAGAAAAAGAAGAAAAGAAACAAAAGGUUCAUAUAGCCAUUAGACUACCAAAUGGAGAAAUAAAGAAAGAAUAUUUUGAAAAACAAGAUACUCUUCAAAAAGUUUAUAACUUUGUUAUGGGUUUUGGAUUUGAUAAAUUUGUUCUUAUUGAUGGAAUUAAGAAAAAUGAAUUUACUAACCUUCAACAAACACUAGAAAAUUUAGGAUUUUGGCCAUCUAUUUUAUUACAUGUUGUUAUAAAAAGUGUAGGAGAAAAAAAAGAGCCUAUGUUUGGAACAGGAAAUGGAACAGAAAAUGUACCACAACAAACAUGGUAUGAAUGGUUUAAGUCAAUGUUUUAA